UUCCCAACUUCCUCCAGCCAGGCUUGCAGCCUGAGGUUCAAGAACCUCGAGCCAGGUGGAGCACGCGGGAUCGAAGGGGGUGGAUGACCCAGGUGAGGCGCCUCCGGGGACGGGGCGGACCGCAGCAGUGGGGACUUUUUUGUGUCUCACGCAGCUGACCUUCCCGGUGGCUCGGCUAUCCCUUGGGGGCUCAUGGGGCCCGCCAAGGCCGGGCCCAUCUUGAGCUUCCCCUUCCUGGUGCUCGGGCUCGGGGCGCUCCUGGCCCACGUUGUUGGCUUCCAGCGCCGGCCUGGCUGGCGCUUCGCCUCCGCUGAGGUGGUGAUUCCUUUGCAGCUGCGCAGCUCCGACCACAGGGAGAGCCCUGGACGUCUCUCCUACGCGCUGCACUUCGGGGGCAGGAGACAUGUGGUCCACCUGCAGCUUAAGAAGCUUCUGCUGCCCAGGCACCUGCCAGUCUUCACUUAUACUGACCAAGGGUCCGUCCAGAUGGACCAUUCUUUUGUCCCUAAAGACUGCUACUACCGAGGCUACGUGGAGGGGAUCCUGGGCUCCCUGGCUGCUCUCAGCACUUGCCAUGGGGGUCUCCAGGGGAUGCUGCAGGUGAACUCUCUUUACUAUGAAAUCGAUCCCCUGCCCACCUCUCGCAUUUUUCAGCACCUGGUUUAUCCAAUGGAGAAUAAAAAUAGAGGUCCUGGCUGGAAGUGCGGCUUAACAGAAAAUGAAAUAGAUCGUCUGGUCUUGGAGAAAAAGGGGCUGGGACAGUCAGUGCCUAGGGCAGGGCCCAAGGACAACUGGUGGCCUCAAACCCGCUUUGUGGAGUUGGUGGUGGUAGUGGAUAAUUUUUGGUAUAAGUAUGCUUGGGAAAAUGAAACUGAGGUGAUAUUCCAAGUAUUAGAAGUAGUCAAUAUAAUAGAUUCCUUGUAUUAUCCUAUGCACGCCUACAUAAGUUUGAGUGGAGUGGAGAUCUGGACAAAUAACAACCCAGUGGAUUUUAGUAAUGGCAUAAAGGUAGCUUUGGAUAUAUUUUCUCAUUGGAAACAAGUAAUUAAUGAGCGUUUGCCACAUGAUGUUGCCCACCUAUUUGUUCGCUAUAACUUUGGUGGGGACAAGGGUUUAGCUUAUGUUGGUACAAUCUGCCACGAUCUAAAGUCAGUUGGAAUUGAUGCAUAUGUCGAGGAUAACUUGUUGGAAUUCUCCAUCACUGUUGCCCAUGAACUGGGUCAUAACCUUGGCAUGGUUCAUGACUAUGACUUCUGCAUCUGUGCACAAAAGCAAUGCAUCAUGUACUCCAAUUUCAGCUUAACGGAUGUCUUUAGCAACUGUAGUUUUGCUAGUUAUUUUGAUCAGUUUAAUGAACUGUUUGUGGAAUGUUUAAUAAAUCCACCAGAGCCUCACAAGAUUGCUGCUACGAAGCUAUGUGGUAAUAAGGUGGUCGAAGAGGGAGAAGAAUGUGACUGUGGAUCAGUAAAAGAAUGUAGCAAGGAUUCUUGUUGUAAACCGGGUUGUACCCUGAAGCCCCAUGCUAACUGUGCUUCUGGACUGUGCUGUGUAAAUUGUAAAAUUGCACCAGCUGGAACCCUUUGCAGACCCCCUAGGACACCAUGUGACCUUCCAGAGUACUGCAAUGGAACUUCGGUACUGUGCCAGAAAGAUUUUUACAUGCAGGAUGGAACUCCAUGUACUAGAAAUGCUGUGUGCUAUCGAAGUAUUUGCAGUGACAGAAUUCAACAGUGCAAAGCUAUCUUUGGUGAAACAGCCUAUGAUGCUCCCCUGAUCUGCUACAAAGAAGCAAACAUAAUAAGUGAUCAAUUUGGGAACUGUUCUUUAGAUGGUCAUACAUACAGGAAGUGUGACACAGCCCAUGUUUUGUGUGGCAGACUGCAAUGUAUCAAUGUCAGCCAGAUUCCCCACUUAGAGGAGUUUGAUACUAUAUUCCAAGUUUAUGUGAAUGGAGUUAUGUGCGUUGGAAUGGACUUUCACAUGGGGAAGGAGGCUGGAAAUGUAAUUAAUGGUGCAGUGUGUGGUCAUGGAAAAAUCUGCCUGAAUAAGAAAUGUGUUGAUUAUUCUGUACUGAAUUAUGACUGUGCAGCCAAGAAGUGCAGUUUUAAUGGUAUAUGUAACAACAAGAAAAAUUGUCACUGUCUAAAUGGGUGGGAUCCCCCAUUCUGCCUUAAAAGAGGAUUUGGUGGAAGUAUUGAUAGUGGGCCUCCUCCAAAAUGGAAAGCAAAUUACUUUUUCAUUAUUUGCUGUCUAGCUUCUCUCUCUUUGGGUUUUUAUGGAACAUUAAUGGUGAUUAUCUUUUUAGCAAGAAAAUCAGCAUUGCUCAUCUAGAAAGGAACAGCCUUUGUAUAAAUAAAGUCAGAAACCAAUGGAAGGAUCUAUCCCUAUCAGUAAUAUCCUCUAAUAGAGAAAAAUUCUCAUUCAGAAAAAGGAAAAAAAAAAUUCUGCUUCAAUAAUGUACAUUUCAAACAUAUCAAAUAAAGCUUCUGAAGGGAGUUUUGUCAUGGAGUUGAACCAAUCAGGAUUGACCCCUCAAAUAUCUUUAGUUACUUUUGUGAUGUAAGGGUCAGGCCAAAAUUUUUGAAUAUUAGUAAGCCCUGGGUGACUCAUCCUGGGAGCCCACUUCAAGGCACUCCUCCCUUCAAGGAGGGGAGAUAAGUAUUAGCUAGUAUAGUCAGUUACCUCUAGAUCAGAGCUUAUAAUUGCUUAUUCUCCCUUCUCUAGUCAGGGUAUGACCUUGGAAACAGCAUCUCUUUAUGGCCUUAGAACCACAGAGCAUAACAGUGAAACAAAGGGAGCCCUAACAUCUGCCUACCAUAGGUAGGAGGACUCUUUAAAAAAAUUAUAGCUUUUUAUUGA